GUCCAAUACACAUGCAGAAUGUUCUACCAUACCCUUGUACCGUCCGGAAAUACACCGAUCUCAAAAUUCGAAAGCGCUCUAAUGGAUAAGUCAAGCUACCAAUUAGUGAUCUCUAUCUCGGCAUUUGACCUGAUUGAUCUUGUAGGCCGCUUUCCAAUCCACCAAGAAGGGCGCAUCUAGCUGGAUAGCUUUGCACCUGACCAGUGGAUAUCAGGAAGGUAUCAUCAGGUAAUGAGUCUGGACUAUCGCGCCAUCGUAUACCGAAACGGGGCGAAUAUAUACAACAUGGUGUUCGGACUUGAGCCUGAAAAAUAUAUAAGGAGCGUCAAACGCCGCUGUUAGACUUAUCAACGCAGCAAGUUCCAAUAGUCCAUCGCUUCCUAAACAUCCUCGCUCUCUUCGCCUCUCGUUCUCGAGUCUCAAGUUCACUCAUCCUUCAACAUGAAGCUUUCUAUCGCUGUCCUCGCCGCCAUCACAGGCGCAGUCCUGGCCCGUCCCUCAAACCUCGCCGAGCGCGUAAAGUCUCGCGCCGAUGGCACUCGUCGUCACAGGACCCAGCCCAUGAUCUUGGUCGGCACCGCCGCGAAAGAGAACUCCAAGUUCGUCGCUGAUGUAGACAACACCACUGCCCACGUUGACUAUUCAUCCAACUGGUCUGGCGCCGUUCUCGAACAGCCCUCCUCCGGCUACUUCAAGUCAGCCACCGGACGCUUUACAGUACCAACACCCAAGCACGUUGGCUCUGGUGGAACCGAGUCCGCGUCAGCUUGGGUUGGAAUCGACGGCGAUUCAUGUGCCAGCGGUCUGCUCCAGGCCGGUAUCGACUUCACCGUCAGCAGCUCCGGCGCUGUGUCCUACGAUGCUUGGUACGAGUGGUACCCUGACUACGCCUACGACUUCAGCAACUUCGCCGUCAAGGCGGGAAACGUUAUUCAAGUCGACAUCACCGCCACCUCCACCACCAAGGGUACGGUCAAGCUCACUAAUGUGAGCACUGGAAAGAGUGUCAGCCAGACACUUAGCGCACCAAGCGGCUCCGUUUUGUGCCGUCAGAACGCUGAGUGGAUUGUAGAGGACUUUGAGUCUGGAGGCAGCUUGGUCGCAUUGAGCAACUUUGGCACUGUUGUUUUCACCCAGGCUAGUGCUGCUCUUAGCACUGGUGGAUCGGACGGACUGAGCAGCGCUACCAUCAUCGAUCUCAAGCAGGGUAGCACUGUCUACACUGACGUUACCAUCAACAGUGGAUCCCAAGUCACUGUCCAGUAUAUCUAAGCGAUGAAUGGUAAAGGAGGAGAUGAGGUCUUUCGAGGUCGGGAUGAGUUUAGGAUGUUGUAUGGACUAUGAUUGCGGGUGAAACAUAGUAUUUCAGCA